UGUCAGAUGUGUUGAGGAUAAUGUUUUAUUCUGAAAAGCUGAGGGCGGAAGUGUGUCUCGGUGUCCCUGAUGACGGAACACAGCCGGGUCCUAAAGCCUGCGCGUUGAGGGACUCAAGACUCUCCGGAAACAACAGAGCCGCGCGCUGACUAUCGAUCAAAGGUAUCCAAUGAAUGCGUGAUGCACGCUGACACGGCACGAGCGUUCAUUACAGCCUCGCUGUGCACGCCGACUGUAAUUUGCACCUCGCUCCUACCCUUCGCUUGGAGCCCAGUGCAACAUUCUCCGUUUCCAACAGCACCAGAGGGACCCAUUUCAUAUUUGGACCUGUGGCUGGUGCUGCUGCAGUGACAGCUCACCGAUUGGCUUUCAUCGAGACUUGGGCACAGAUUGCCCUCCAGCAGCUUGCUACACUAGCAACCAUAACUAUUGGCAACCAGUCUUACAACAACAACAACGGAAUUGCAGUGGCAUUACCGCCUCACCUGGCCCUCCUGCGUCUUCUCGAUAGACAGCAGGUUUCAACUGUUGGGUACAACGUGGACACAAGCAGAAAAACCUAUAGUAACACAAGUCUCUCUGCUGCCAUGUAUCACCACCACUCCCAGCAACAAGGGCCACCGCCUUUCUCUAAUGGGCCUAGGCCUCCUCAUCAUCAGCAGCCUCCCAAUCAGCAUCAGAAUCGUCCUCCCUCUAAUAUGCUGUCGCAGGGGAUGGGUUUCCAGUUUCCUCGUCCUACCCAGCUCCCUGAUGAGCUAGAGUCUGCCCUGGCUAUCCGGGGUGCUAGAGACAUGGAUCAUCGGCUCAUCGACCACAUGAACCAACACCAAAACCAAGGCUCUGGUUCUGGGAUCAGUCAACAUGGAAGCUACGGCUCUAACCCAAUAACUCUCACCUCUGAUAAUCAGCCUGGCCGCCAGCAAGGAGUAGACUGGUCAAGCUACCAACCUCCAACGAAACUGUUUGCCAGUCCUCCACCUAGUGCUAGCCACCAGUCCCAACGACAACAGGGGCCUCAACAGCAGCCACAGAGCAGCCAUGCUGGAACUAGCAUCCCAAGCUGGACAGCCCCUGUAAGUGACUCACCAUCACCCCAAGCACGGCACCCCCACGGUGGCGGAAGUGGUGGCAGUGGGGAUGGUCAGGCUUUGUACACGCCGGAGAGUGCAGGAAGCAUCUUGGCUAGCUUUGGACUUUCAAAUGAGGACUUGGAAGUGCUGAGUCACUACCCUGAUGACCAGCUAACCCCCGAUACUUUACCUUUCAUACUCCGUGACAUCCAGAUCAACAAAACGGGAAACAAGAAAACUGCUGCCUCCACUUCCUCAUCCUCGUUUUCUCGCAGCAUACAUGACAUGCCGCUGCCUCCUUCCCGCUCCUCCCCAUUGACACGCUCACGCUCACCAGACGUACCCAGCCUUCUCACUGUUACACAGACAGCAGGUAAAGUCAUUGACUAUGGUCAUGCCAGUCGGGCAAAGGACGAGACUAGUACCAGAGAGACUUUCAAAAGAGAGCGGCUUUCCAAUGAAAGGACAGUUAAAAUGUACCAAUCCUCGUCGUCCGCUCCAAAGGUAGAUAAAGUGGAAAGGCGUCAGGUUCGUUUGGAGCACAGUGAUUCAAGCAAGCACGGAGACCGGGACUAUCGCAGGACGAGUAGCGACCAUCGCAAGAGCAGUCGGUCACCUGGAAGAGAAUUUCCACCAUCGUCAAAAUCUCGUAAUCUGGACCGGGACUACAGGCGUGACGGACCCAAACCUAGGCCCCCAUCUGAAGCCAAGAGCGAAGCUUCCUCGAGACGGUCUCUCUCCUCUUCGUCUGGCUCCAGACCACACAGCAGCAGCAGCAAGAAGUUACCGACCCCCACCAUGAUAAGUGAUUUCUCAGCUGUGUCUCCAAAGGUGUAUCCCCAUACCUGCUCCCUGUGCCACACACAGUGUGAUCAGGAGAAGGAUUGGCUUGAACAUAUAAACACCGUCAACCACACUGCUGCCUGCAGAGACCUGCGCAACCAGUACCCUGGCUGGAAACCAAAUUUACCAAGUCGGAGCGGACAAUAUGGCAGCCGGGCUCUGUGGGAUCCAAAGACUCACUCUCCAUCUCACUCUGUGCAGCGGUCCCUCUCGGGUUCUCCUACCCGAAGUCCUCCUCACAGCAAACACAGAGUUGGCCCCCAUCCCCACAGGCUGCAGCCGGGGCAAUACUCUUCUCGCCACCUACAGUUCAGAGGGCGUUCUUCUCGCGGUGGUGUGAAGCGUCCACAUGAGGAUUUAAACAGGUUCUCCACUGGCGCCAGCCGACAUCCAUCCUCCUCUAAGGCGGGUCAUGGCCCCAAACAUGGACCGCUACAGUCCUCCACCAAAACUGUCAAGAGCGGGGCGAAGGCUGGAACCAAGACGUCUGCAAAGCUUCCACCAGCCAAGAAGAAGAAGAAACUAGGGACUCCCGUCGCCCAGGACUCGUCUGUUGCAGAUCGUCUUGUUUAUCUGACCGGCAUCCCAAAAGAUGCGUCUGAGCAGGAGGUUACCGACUUGGUGGGGUCCUUUGGCAAGAUCAACAACGUGAUCCUCAUGCCAUGCUCAGAGGAAGAGAGCGAGAAGGGUGAAGGACAAAAGGCAUCUGUAUGCAUGAUGACGGCUGAAUGCACCCAGGCUUUGGCCAACUCCACAAGUCUCUCCAUCAGAGGCCAACAAAUCACAGCUUCAAUCACCAAGAAAUCUGAAGCAGGACAGUCUUCUGAUGCUAACAACAGCAAACCUGCUCCAGCGCAGGACAAAGAUGCUGCUGGGGAAGACUCUGGUGGGAAAACGAUAACCUUGGAGUCUGCAGUGCCCACCGAUAAAACGAGCGAGGCUGACCAGAAGACUUCUGAUGAGAAGGGCACGGUGUUGAUCACAGGACUUCCUGAGAGCGGCUGGUCAGAGAGUGACAUCAUCAAGCUGGUCCAGCCCUUCGGAACUGCCUCCGAAAUCAUCACGGCCACACAAAUCGGAAAGGUACUUGUGUCAGUGCCAGACAUGGACAUUGCUGAAGAGAUAGUGAAAGUCCACGCCUUCAUCCCUGCUAAGAUUCAAGACUCUGAGCUGAAGAUGCUCCAUCUCAAACGGCGUAUUGGUCUGAGCACACCGGUGGCUCUCUACAAUCUUCUGAUGGGAUCAGUGGACCCAUUAGAGAGUUCGGUUCCAGUCGGCUGGAGCUGCCUAUUGGUGAUCAAUAAUGUCCCCAACACGCCGUCCGGCUCCUCUGAGGUCCAGAAGUUGGUGCGACGCUUUGGUACCGUCAUCAAGACCCUAGUGCUCAACAAUACGGUCAUUUGUGAGAUGGCAACUGCAGCUAUGGCCUUGUCUGUGUACAAACGCUUCCAGAAGUUUCCGUGCAUCAUCCAUAACAACCCGCUGUUCUUCUCCCGCAAGCCGGACCCCAAAGCCAACAUACAGACCAAAAUCAUCACUGCAUACCUUGAUUCAUCUGAGGAUACACCGGCGACUGGCAAAGGCAGCCAAGCAGCAGCUGUAGACAAAGAGGAGACGGCACAUAAAGAGAAUUCAGAAACUCUAUUGGAAGGGAUUGAAAAAGACGGCAAUUUAAAGGACGAGAAGAGGAAGAGCACCGACAAGACAGUUGGUGAAGACGAAGCUUUGGGAGAAAACCGGAGCCAAGAUGGCAACAUCCAAAAAGACGAGGCAACUGUUGCUGUCUCUGACUCUGCACCAGAGGCCGACCCAAAAGCAGACCUGGAGACAGACAUGAGGGAAAAAUCAGAUGUUGAAACUGUCAUGGAGACAGCAGAAGAGAACAAAGGUCUCAAUGCAUCCGCAGCAGGCAAUGACGAGACUCCUGCUGGGGAAGAGACAAAGACGUCUAGCUGUGAUGGCAAAGCAGCUUCCCAGGAGACGACCAUUCCAGAGCUCCCUAAGGUUACUCAGGAGAUGGUUAAUGCACUACUUGUUGAGUGCCGAACAAGAACCGUCAGCCAUCCCAGCAACACAGCAGCUUCCACCAACGGGGAACAGGGGGAAACCCAAUUGGAGACAGAGCAGGGUGGCAAAGCAGCAAAUGAGACAAAAGAGCAAGCCAAGAAUCCCACAGAGGAGGAGGUGAAGAAGCAGGAGAGGGAGCUAAAAGAGAGGGAGGCAAGAAAGGAGAAAGAGGCGAGGGAGAGAGAGAGGAAGGAGAAGGAGAGGAGGGACUGGGAGAAGGAGGAGAGGACCAAGCGGGAGAGAGAGCGGAAUGAAAGAGCCAGGAGGGAGAGGGAGAAGAGGGAGGAGGAGAGGAGGGAAAGAGAGAGGCGGGAGAGGAAGAGAGCAUACAGUGAUGGUUUGUCAGGGUCGCGGUCCUCCUCCAGGUCAGAGGGAUACAAGCAGAGCUCCUCGAGGGAUGCGCAGUAUAACAACUCUGAAGCGGAGACCGAAAUGGUGGAGGAGGAGUCUGAUGACUUCCCAUUCAACUUGAGUGACUUUGUGACGGUAGAUGAAGUUGGAGAUGUGAAUGACAUUCCUUCCUCUCCUUACCCCUCUGUUCCCAUGGAAACCACAGAGGAAGGGGAGGAUGCUCCCUCAUCUGUACAACAGGAAACUGCAGGGGACACGGAAACAACCGCGUCAGACGCCCCAGCGACCCCGGUGAGGUGUGAUAAGAACGUAUCAGAGUCUGAACCUGUGACUGUGUCCCCAGCUGAGACUUCAGAUGUUUUAGUGUCGUUAGAUUUAACACUCAUCGCUGCAGCUUCCCCAGCGGCCUCACAAGCCGACUCCUCACCCAGCCGCACGCAUGUGCCAACAUGUCGACCAGAAGAACCCAAGACCGAGACCACAUCUGGGACAGAAGCCACACUGACAGCCAUUCUGGACUCCACCACUGAGGUUGAACCGCUUCCUGCACCUGCGGCUACCCCAGCUGACUCAAACAGCCCAGCAACAGGAGUAGUGGCAUCAGAGAGGGAGAAAGAGGAGAACGAGAAGAACGCACGCAAUCACAGUCAGGCUAAGAAGGAGGAGAUGGUGUCAGACAAAACAGAGGAGGAGGAGGAGAAGAAGAAGCAGGAUGAGAAGUACAAAGAGACGGAAGCUCCUUCUGUGGAGACGGGAAAGCAUGAGCGGUCUGAAGAUCGGGCAAACGGCGAAGAGGAGAGUGUGAAGAAGAAGUUAAAGACAGACACUCCCACUCCCACAGACUGCUCCCUCCCUCCUUUUGACCCCAGCAGCCCAGUUGGUAUGGAGUUCUUGGUCCCUAAGACGGGUUUCUUCUGUAAAGUGUGUAAUAGAUUUUUCAGUGGAGCCAAAGAGGCCGAGAAAAACCACUGCAAGACCCUCAAACACUAUGAGAACCUACAGAAAUACUUGGAGACCACAAACCCGGCGAAUGUGUCCGUCAAACCUGACUCCACCUGAAUGCGGCUAUGAACAUCUUGACUGAAUUCACCAAUCCCCUCUAUUGUCUCUUCAUUUCUCACUAAGGGUCCAGAUUCUCAUAUUGAUGUAGUUGAUUAGUGUCAUGUCCUUGAAUAUGUGCUUUAGAUUUUUCAUGUACAGUUAAGAGAAAUUAGAAGAACCUGGGAACAUGGGAGGAUGGCUGGCUGUAAGGAAUGUCCACAUUCAAUAAAGAA